AUGAAAGCAAUAAGCCCCGUUCGGUCUUUCCGGAAAAAUACCGCCGCCUUGUCGGAACACUCGCUGGGUCUCUCGCGGAGCAAGACCCCGGUGGACGACCCGCUGAGCCUGCUCUACAACAUGAACGACUGCUACUCCAAGCUGAAGGAGCUAGUGCCCAGCAUCCCGCAGAAUAAGAACGUGAGCAAGAUGGAAAUCUUGCAGCACGUCAUCGAUUACAUCCUGGACCUGCAAAUCGCGCUCGACUCCAACGUCGCGCUCGGGACGACUCUGCAUCACCCCGCGCGGCCGGGCCAGGGGGCUCCUCCUCCGGCUGCAUCAUCCAGGACCCCGCUGACCACCCUCAACACGGACAUCAGCAUCCUCUCGCUACAGUCUCCCGAGUUGCCAUCCGAGCUGACGACAGAUGACAGCCGGACUCUGCAUCGCUAA